AUGGACAUAGAUGGUCACGGCCAUAAUCAUAUUACCUCCGCUGAAGCAGACACAGACACAGACACACAAGCUCGACUGAAUACUCGACACACCUUGCAAGACAAAGACAAAAACAAAAACAAAAGCAACAGAAAUGCGAAGCGUACUCGUAGCAAUCUCGCAAUCUUCUCAUCAUUCUACAUCAUCCUCGCCCCGGUCAUCCUCUUCAUCAGCUACAUCCUUACUCUUUCUAUCUACCAAAGCGCAUGGACCAACUAUACAGCACAGCAGGCCGUCCCCAAAGCCCGGCUUUCACACCAAGCUUUCGCUCCCCUGACAAUCAACUACACCAUUCACCUACCCCUCCUCAACACCCUCAACACUUCCGCUUCCUUCCGUCCCUCGUCCUUCCCAGCCUUGAUCACCAUCGCCAACGACCACCUCACUCUCCUUCACACACUCACUCUUAGCGCCUUGCCCUGUAUCCUCCUCGACUCCCCCUCCCCCUCCUCCUCCUCCGCCUCCGCCUCCGCCUCCCUUCACAAUCCCACAGACAUCUGGUAUACGUCCUCCGCCGCAACCAAUGCAUCUACCGCGUUGGGUAAUCUAGACGACUAUUACGACGAGCUCCUCCCCCACUACGAGCAACUCCUCUCCUCCGCACUGAAGUCAGAACAAGCAUUGCGCCCACCGUGGUUCAAGGCUCUCUUAUGCACACCCAACAACGCUUUGGUGACGCGGUACUUCACCGACAUCUGUCCGUUCGAGAGCGACAUCAAACGGUAUACCCACGUGAAGGCUUGGGUAGCGACAGUGGAAGUCGGGAUCGAAGCAGCCGCACACGAGAAGAGUACCAUUGCUCGGAAGAAGAAGGAGGUCCAAAAGUUGGAGAAGGAGUUGACGUUGUUGGGGAUAAGAUUGCGAAAGGGGGAGAGGAUGGGAGAGGAUGAUAUGAAGCAUUGGUACUUCGAAAAUGUUGCGCUGGUCGGGGGCCAGGUCUGGGGGGUUUUUGUUCAAGAGUUUGAGAGGCUGGAUUGUACCAGGGAUGGCGCCAAGGUGGAUUUGGAGGCAGAUGAGGAUACGAUAAAGGAGAGGAAUGGGUGCAGGUCAGCAAGCAAGGAGGAGGAGGAGGAGGAGGGAUGGAAGGUGGAGGAGAUCUGGACAACAUGA